AUGAGCGCCCCUCCUGUGAGCCACGGAAGAGGAGGUCAGGGCAAUGUGUACCCAGAUGAUACCAAGUACACAGAUGGCGAAGUCGUCCGUGAGGGAGAGGCUGGCACCGGUGUGAGCACCGGCCGAGGAGGCGCUGCCAACAUCACGGACUCCAAUGCAGCCGUUCCCAGGACGGACAAAGAGGUUGUGCCAGAAGCGGCCAUCAGGCCUUCAACCGAGGAUACGGACCACCACACUGGCAGGGGCGGCGAGGGAAAUGUCCACCACGCCCACAAGGAGGGUGGGGAAGACGGCACUCACAAGGGUUUGGCGGAUAAGCUGAAGGCCAAGGUCUUGGGCGUUUUCAAGAAGUAG